CAGACCUGGCCAUGCAGACAUGCUGGCCCUGCUGCUGCUGCCCCUGCUGUGGGCGGGGUCCCCGCAGGACACAGGGCUCGAGCUGCAAGUGGAGAAGUCGGUGACGGUACAAGAGGGCCUGUGUGUCCUCGUGCCCUGCUCCUUCUCCUACCCGCCGCCCUGGUAUCCCUCUGACCCAGUCUACCGCUCCUGGUUCCGGGACGGGGACAACAUAUACUAUGGCAAUGCUGUGGCCACAGACAACCCAAACAGAGCCGUGAAGCCACACACCAAGGGCCGAUUCCUCCUCCUUGGGGACGCCACGACCAGAAACUGCUCCCUGAGCAUCAGAGACGCCAAGACAAAGGACACAGGGACCUACUUGUUCCGAGUGGAGAGCGGCUAUUCUGUAAAACAUAGUUACGAAGACAAUAAGCUGAAUCUGCGGGUGACAGCCCUGACACAGAAACCCGACAUCCACUCUGGACGUGCGACCUCCUAUACCUCGAUGCUCCCCUUCACCCUGGUUCCCCAGGACCUCAGAAGCAGCCUCACUGUUCAGGUGCCAUUUCCUGGAGCUGAGACAACAACAGAGAAAACCGCACUGCUUAGCACAGCCUGUGAGUCAGUGACAUGGCAGAAUUUCAGUGCCCUGAUGAGGCAAGGCCUGUUGGCCGGGGAAUGGAUCUCUCACCAAACACCAGAGUCCACAGUUUUCAGCCUAGGCCAGGGCAGCAGCUCUGACCCUUUCUCCUCUCCCUCCCCCUUCGUUGUGUGUGUGGAGCUCCUGGUCCUCCCUGCCAAGAGCGCGCUUCGCCUGGCGCCGGUGCUCUCCGUCCCCGCACCCGAGCUGCGCGCCCAGCUCUGCUUGGCGGGAGAACAGCCGCGCGCCCUUGCAGCCUCCGCUCAGCCCCUUCCUUCUGACGGCCUGACCGGGCCGCCCGCCCGCGUCAUCGCCCUUCAUCCACGGCACCCAUCCGCGGUGCUCCCCACCUGGCCUUGUCUGUCUGCCUGCGGCCCGGCGAGGGGAGGGACAGACCCCGCAGCUCCGCUCACCCUGCCGUGUGUCCCCCGCACAGUCGCGAGGAUCCUGAGCAAUGGCACGUCACUCCCUGUCCUGGAGGGCCAGUCCCUGCGCCUCAUCUGUGUGGCUGACAGCAACCCCCCUGCCAGGCUGAGCUGGUCCCGGGAGGGAAAAACCCUGCAUCCCCCGCAGGCCUCGGCGCCCGGGGUCCUGGAGCUGUCCGGCGUAGCGGCUGGAGACGGAGGGGAAUUCACCUGCAGGGCUCGGCACCCCCUGGGCUCCCAGCACCUUUCCUUGAGCCUCUCCGUGCAGAGAAGCCCCUCUGGCUGCAGAUGUGUGACUGAGGAACAGCAGGGCUCCCGGGCCCUGGUCAUCACCCUGAUCAGGGGGGCCCUCAUGGGGGCCGGCUUCCUCCUCACCUACGGCCUCACCUGGAUCUACUACACCAGGCUGGCCGAGCUGCCUCUCUCCAGGGAAGCCCAGUAAUAAGCCCCUGAGUCCCAGGUGGGGCUGAGCUGUGCUGACCCCCCUGGGGCCAGAAUUAAAGUGGCUGAAUCCAAUCUGAGACCCGUGCUGGCUGUGCAGGUGCCGAGCCCCGGUGAUCAGGGCUGGAGGCCUGACUGAGCUCCUCCUUCUCAAGACAGAGCUGAGAUGUGGGCACCAAGCCCAGAGGGACAGACGUGGGACAUCACCGUCAGCUUCCUUCUGGAAACUCACACCCCACCGACUGCCCCUUGUGUCCUGCCUGCCCCACACCCACCCACUUACUCCCCCUCUCCCUGUUGGUCCUGCCCCAGCCCCAGCUCAUCACCCUCCUCCCUACCCCUCCCACCCUCCUCCUCCCUCUCCACCCCCAGGCCUGCACAGGGAAUGAGCUUGGGCUCUUAUCCCCGUUACCCGAAACCUACCUUCUCAACACUUGCG